ACCCAUAACUCACACUUUUUUUUUCCUACACUUCCUCAUUCCCCCAAAUACUAAAACCCUAACCCUAAAAUCUUAAACCCCAGGCGACGCGUCAUCAGCCAGGCAUCAGGUGCUCCAACACCGACGGUCCGACGUCCUUGAAUUUCGCUGAGUAACUGGUGUCGUGCGUUGUUGACUCGUGGUGGUAGUUGGUACGACUGGCGGACCGGUACCUUUGGCUAUCUUCUUCACCGUUAAUUAGGUUAUGGAUGUAGAGAAGCGGAAGAAAUUUCCUGAGAAGUUCAAGUUGGAUAAGGAGGAAAUAAGGAGGUACAUGUUUCCUUGUGCUCCUAAAGAACCCUGGCUAGAAGAAAAGUUUAUAAAAGCACUGGAUGGCAGCAGAAUAAAUUCAGAAUCCGAACUUUUUCAUGUUCUUUGUGUUUCAAAUCAGUUGACAAACUCAGUUCGUAAAGAAUGUUAUUAUGGUUCUAGUAAAUAUCGAUUUAAGUGUGACAUCGAGAUUGGCAAGCCUCUUGAUGUUAAGUCCCUGUUGUUUCCUUCUAGAAAGGGUUGUCUGGUUCGUAGAGGUCUUAUAGUAGAUGCUAAGAAUCUUAAACUUAGUGGUAAGUACGUCAUGCUUUGUUGUUUCAUGGUGCCUCUUAAUUGGAAUUCCAUUGCCUGGAAAGUAGCAGUUGCUUGUCAUGAUUUAUACUCUAAAAUGAAGAAUCGAUUUGAGAUGGUGAUUGUUGCUAUUAUGAGAGAUGGCUGGACCCAUGACAAGAAAGCCUUCAGCCAAUUUAUGUCUGCUUUUCCUUCGUCUUGCCUUGCAAUUCCAUUUCAUGCUAAGUCUCAUCGUCGUCGUGUAUGCAAGUAUCUUGGAGGCAUGUUCAUGGCCAACAUGACUCUCGUAAACCCCGCUGGUAAUGUUCUCUUGCACAAUGAGGUUCAUCAAUCUAUGGAUAUUGAAUUUGUUCCCUGGUAUCAUCUAGCUAACUCCCACGCAUUUCCUUUCAUUACUGAUGCGGAUGCUGGCCUGCAUCUCACUACUCCAUCGUCUCUAGAGGACCUUUUGUAUUGCAGAAUCUCUGAUUUUGUCUUCAGGAAGAAUCCUUCAGGAAGUGAAGCAUUUUGGAAGGAGAAACGGCCUAUUUCUCAACUCAAAUCAAAGCUUGUGGGGUUGUACCUCUACACUUCGGGCAAUUUGCUUCCUUGGCUUCGUAAAAUUGAGGAAGCGUGUAGGCAAAGUGACAAGGAGUUGGAUAUUGUGGUUGUAUAUCUUCCUGAUUGGGAUAGGCAAGAUCCACGGUGGUAUCCUGAAUUUUUCAGCACUGUGCUAGCCAAGCAGAAUAUCUCUUGGUGGGUUGCGCCCUAUAACAAUACCGCAUCCAUUAUACUCAAGCAUUUGUUCGAGGGAGAGAAGGUGAUCAUUGUCGGUCCUAAUGGCUCCUAUUUAGAUACCUAUGGAGCUGAACUUAUGCAGCUUUAUGGUAUUACUGGAUAUCCCUUCACUGUGAAGCACGUUGCCCAAAAAACUCUGGCAGAGCUAAGCAAAGUCACCCUAGAAUCGUUCUUGGACUUACUCAACAUGAGUUUAGAGCAUCAUCAUAUAGGGAAGAAUAUUCUUUUUUACUUUGAUUAUCCAUUGAGUAACAAUUCUGUAGUUUAUGAUGCGUAUACACGUUUCACUUCUGAUGUGGAUGCUGUUAUUCUUCCCUGUUCCAUAGCUGAUGCUACAGUAGUUACUGAACCCGAAGGAGAUGAUUCUAAACAAGCCAGAGGUAAACUAUCAUGGCAUAACCCCUGCAUUGCCGUUAACACUGUGGUUGAGAAAUUCUUCACAAGGUUCUUUAAUCGUCGAUUUCCUACCAUUGUUGCGUUUGGAAAAGAUGGCAGGAUCUGUUCACUACUUGCUCAUCGCCUUCCAUAUUCUCAUGGGGAUAAAUCUUUUCCAAUCAAAGGUGAUCUGCUUGAAGAGGUCUCAUCUAUAUUGACUGACUACUUGGAUAGAUAUUAUGAUGAUGAGUUGAGGUAUUAUCCUGAUAUGCUAUAUCUCGAGGAGUUGCAGGAGUUGAGGCAAAGUUGGGUGUGACAGACAAUGGGUCUUCUGUGUUUCAUAACUAGGAGUUUCAUUUUGGUCCAUAAGUCUUGAUUUUUUUUUUUUUUCCCAAUCUUGUGUUUUGUUAACUAUGUUAGUGUUUAGUGGAUGUUAGCUGUGUAGUUGGUUAAAGCCUUAUGGGUGAUUGCCAUCGACUCAUCUACUAUAUCAUUUGCCCUUCGCGCCUUUCUUCACACCGAAUUGAUUGCUUUUGGUUUGUUUGUUUGAUUGAUGUGUUUAUUAUGCAAGUUUACCAUUUUAAGCUU